AUGGGUUGGUGGUGGCCAUCAUCCUCCAGCAGCAACAAAAAUGCGCAAUCAGAUAGUCUUCCAACACAAAAACUAGACAAUCUGCAACAACCAUCGAUAUCAUCACAACCAGAACCAACACCCAGUCGACAAUUAACACGCGAAGAAAAAGCUGAUGCCGAGCUACGCGACUUCCUCAAAAGCCUCGAGUCCUCUGCAACACCACCACCCACCUCCACCUCCUCACAACGCCAAUCAUCAACCACAACUACAACACCACCCUCCCCCGACUCAACAACACAACAAGAACCACCAUCUUCCAUAGCCCCUGACUCCCUCUACCCCGACACCAUGUCCUGCCGCUCCGCCUUCGACUACGCCUUCUUCUGCCAAUCCUUCGGCGGCCAAUGGGUAAACAUUUAUCGGUACGGCGAACUACGGAGUUGCAGCGAACACUGGGAAAACUUUUGGCUAUGCAUGAAAGCGCGCGGCAUAAACGACGACAACACCAGAAAGGAAAUGAUUAGAAACCAUUACCGCAAAAAGGCAGUGAAAUAUAAGACGGGCCCGAGUAGUGAGGAUGUGUGGGAGGUAAGGAUGGAGCCGUUGAAGGACACGUUUCAGGGAGAUUUUGAGAAGAUGGAGAGGGAGAUGCAGAUUGCUGAGCAGCAGCAAAUGCAGCAAAUGCAUGAGAUGCCGGAAAGAGAGGCUAGUCCUAAAUGA